AUGAAACAAAUAAUUUUGAAAGGAUUAGACGCGGAACUAUAUUACGUACGGGAGGGAGCUGUGAACACGUACGCAACGGGAUUCAUUGUACCGGUGCCAGCGCAUAUGACGGACUUGGAGUUUAUGUGGCAGGCACUGGGACGAAAACCGUUGCCGUACGUGAUGGGUAUAGACUACGAGAGCCGGGGCGCCAUGCUGCCGCCGCAGGUCAAUAUAUCAGAACGAGGCUAUGUUCCUACUACACUGCAGACGUUUAGGGUACGAUUGCCAUGUACAGGAACAAGAAGUGCAGAAAUUUUGGUUACUAUGCAAUUAAACAUUUCCGCACCAGAUCGCGCUCAUAAAGACGUCAAGCUUGUGUUCAAAAGGAAUAAAAUUUGCUUAAAAGGAUUGUCAACAGUGGUGACGCACAAUGAAACAGCACGGUUGGCUGGUGACGCUUCGCGAGGUUCAGAUGGGGUGUUGUUGGCGGCUGGCGGGUGUGCGGCAGCAGCGUUGGCGUUACUGGCUGGAGCGGCUGCAGCUGGAACUCUGUACAAACGUGGAAAUAAAGCACGGCAUCAUGACUCGAUACACACCUCCUACACAACCGCUGCGUAUGGAAGUCAUCAAAACGUCUUGUUACGACUCGAUACACUAGGUCGACCACCCAGUUCAACUGGAUCCUAUGCCACUAUAGCUAGCUUGCAUAAGUUUCCUUUCGGCAGCCGACGUUCACCAUCUCCGUACGCUACGACGCACAUUGGAGAGCAUGUUUAUGCGAAACCUGAAUCUAGAGUAUCUUACUACGCUGCGUCAAAUCUCACACAUGUUUCACAGCAAACAGCAAAAGAUCGUAUAACUGACCCAGCAGAACAGCUCCGCUACCUCACUGCACCGCGUUCUAAUAUACGAUUGGAAAUUCUCAUACACGAAGGCACAUUUGGUAGAGUUUACAAAGGAGUAUUUAAACGAGGGGAUACUUACGAGGAAGUAAUUGUCAAAACUGUGUCAGAAGCCGCAUCAGCGAUGCAAGCGGCAUUAUUAGUUGCGGAAGGCUUAAGACUUUGCGGCCUCGUCCACACUAAUGUCCUUGCCCCUAUGGCUGCUUGUGCAGAAGAAGCACGGAAACCACUUUUAGUUUACUGUUGCGUUUCACAUUCUUGCAAUCUAAAGAGAUUCUUGAUAUCGUGUCGACUGGGCCAACAAACAACACCAGCUACAAGGGAGCUGGUUGACUUGGGAGCUCAAGCAGCUUGUGGCUUAGCCUACCUUCACAUACAGCGAGUUGUGCAUGCUGAUGUCGCUGCCAGGAAUUGCAUAGUAGACGAGAAAUUGAGACUGAAAGUGACCGACAAUGGUCUGUCGAGGGACCUUUUCCCUGAUGACUAUCACUGCCUCGGUGACAAUGAGAAUCGACCAGUGAAGUGGAUGGCACCGGAGUCGCUGCUACAAAACCAUUAUACCACGGCUUCGGAUGUGUGGUCUUUAGGCAUAACAUUAUGGGAGCUGGCAACGUUAGCCGCCUCGCCAUUAGCCGAAUUGGACGCAGCAGAUGUCGGUGCUUUUCUAAGUGGAGGCUACAGACCGUCGCAACCGCAUAAUUGUCCUGAUGAGUUGUAUGGGCUUAUGUCAUGGUGUUGGACCACGUUAGCAUCUGCACGACCGACAGCUCCUCAACUUUUAGCUGCCCUCCACGACUUCAGACAAGCACUUAGUACAUAUAUUUAA